AGAUUACCAGGGGUCGACACUUGCUCCUAUCGACGCUUUCGAUUUCUAAGAGAGUUUUGUUACAUUGUAGUUGUCCUUGUCCUCAUGUGAAUAAUAAACCUUGUAGUUUUAUGAGAAUGGGUAGACUAACAUCCAUGUGUCUAUAUAACCCGUUCCAAAGACAUAACACAACACGCAGUCACACUCACACACAAAGAUGGAUGCAAAGCCCAUAGUUGGUCGCAAAAAGCCACAUGUUGUGUUCAUACCAUAUCCUGCACAAAGUCACAUAAAGUGCAUGCUAAAGUUAGCCAGGCUCCUACACCAUAGGGGUCUUGAAAUAACCUUUAUCAACACCGAGUGGAACCACAAACGUCUGUUUAAGUACGGUGGCUCUAGCGGUCUCGAUGGGAUUCUCGGUUUUCGAUUCAAGACGGUUCCGGACGGUCUCCCUUCAAGUUCAGCUGAUGGAACUGAACCAACUCAAACUGUAGAAGAACUUGGUUUGUACCUCUUAACGAAUUUCUUGGAUCCCUUCCUGGAUCUUGUAGCGGGACUCGAAACGCCUCCGACUUGUAUAAUUUGUGAUGGUACCAUGACUUUCACGAACAUUAUUGAUGCUACUGAGAAGCUCAAGAUCCCUAUCUUUCUCUACUGGACCAUGGCUGCCAGUGGAUUCAUGGCAUUUUACAUGGCGAAAAUUCUGUUAGAAAAAGGAAUUCUCCCUCUUAAAGAUGAAAGUUACUUAACAAAUGGUUACACUGACACAUUGUUAGAGGUCCCAGGAAUGCAAAAGGUCCGUUUAAGGGAUCUACCUGAACAUCUCUUAGCCACAAAACUUGAUGAUCCUUCAUUUAAUUGGUAUGUUGAUUCAGCUAGAAGGGCUGAUAAAGUUCCACAUGUGAUUAUCCAUACUUUUGAUGAAUUGGAGGCCCCUCUCAUCAAAGAGAUUAAAUCCAGAUUUCCUCACACUUACACGGUUGGGCCUCUGCAGUUACUUGUAAAUCAGAUUACCGAAAACGAAACCAAGAAGACGAAUUUCAAUGGCUACAGUUUAUGGAAGGAAGAACCUGAGUGUGUCCAGUGGCUCCAUUCAAAGGAGCCAAACUCUGUGGUGUAUGUUAAUUUUGGAAGUAUAACAGUAAUGUCUUUUGAAAACUUGGUGGAAUUUGGUUGGGGGCUUGUUAAGAGCAACCAUAACUUUCUCUGGAUUAUACGGACCGAUUUGGUUGAUGGGAAGCCUGUGACUUUACCUCAAGAACUCGAGGAGGAGAUUAAAAGGAGAGGCUUUAUUGCAAGCUGGUGUUCACAAGAAGAGGUGCUGAACCACCCUUCAGUUGGUGGGUUCUUGACUCAUGGUGGGUGGGGUUCAGUGAUUGAAAGCUUGACUGCUGGGGUGCCGAUGGUAUGCUGGCCAUUUUCCUAUGAUCAGAAUGUUAAUUGUAGACAAUUGUGCAAGGAAUGGGAGGUUGGCAUGAUGAUUGAGGAUGAUGUCAAGAGGGAUGAAGUUGAAAAGAUUGUAAGGGAGUUGAUGGAAGGAGUAGAAGGUAAUAGAAUGAGGAAGAAUGCCAUGGAGUUCAAGAAAAAGGCGGAAAUUGCGACAGCACCUAAUGGCUCAUCUUCUUUAAAUAUUGAAGAACUUGUUAAUGAAAUUACCAACUUAUCAUAAAAUGUAUAUCAGGUGAUAACUUUGCAGUUACCUUUUGUUCAAGAACUUUAUUAGACAUUGAUAAACAUAAUUCGUAUA